AUGGCGGACAAUGGCUCUCCCAAACCCCAAUUCCUCGCGCCUCCCGCCGUUACGGCCUUACGGCAAGAGGCUCGGAACAUCAACCCGAAAAUGACUCGGUCUAUGAGCGACGACAUGCGGGAGGAACGGGAAGACCUGAAGGAAGCGGCGGAACAAACGUUGAAUACCAUCGUGGAUCUCGAUCUGGAAGGCCGCAUCAAAUGGGUCAGCCCGUCGUGGAAGCAAGUUGUCGGAUCUGCCCCGGAGACUGUCGAGGGCCGUAUGAUCUCCGAGAUCCUCCUUGGUAACAAGGAUGUCUUUCGAGACGCGAUCGAGGCGAUGAAAGAGGAUGACUCGCGCAGUCGGUUUAUUCGCUUCACCUUGCAGAUGGGAUCGGACUCGGUCCUGAAAUACGCGCCCGAACCUCGUCCGACCAAUAUAGUGAAGGGCACCGAGGAGAAGACCGAUGAAAACGCGGAGCCUUCGCAGGACGAAGGCGAACGGAGGAAUGAUGUCCUUCAUAUGGAAGGACAGGGUAUUAUGGUAUAUGACCGGACGGACGACGAGGCCGGACAUUCUAUGUGGAUGCUCCGACCGUUGACCGAACUGCGAGAAGUCACAAUCGAUCUGCCGGCCCUCCUGGUGGAGUCGUUGGGUGUCGGUGCAGAGGUUCUAGCGAACUACUUGACGACACUGGCAGACGCCGCCGCGACCGAACCCGAUCCCUCCAAGCACCCUGCUCCAACCCCCGUACUUUGUCGCAUUUGCGAACGCCAGAUCACGCCAUGGUGGUUCGAGAAACACACCGACCUAUGCCUCCAGGAGCACCGGGCCGAAAUGGACGUACAAAUUGCGCAGGAAAACCUCACUGAGCACCGGCAUGCCAUUGUGAAAGUGUUGGACGCGCUGGAAGUCCGGCAUGGAAGACCGUUGAUCGGUAGCGAUGGCAAUGUCUUGCCGCCCCCCCAGCCAGAGUACAAAGGAUUGCCCAUCGGGCCCUCCCCUGUCAGCUCGCAGCCGUCGUCAGCACCCGUGUCGGGCGUGAGCUCUGCCCCGGGCACCCCUCCUCGCUCGCGGGACCACUCGGCCUCUGGGAUAGUUCCUGGACGCCCACGGGCGUUUACCGUGCGGCGACCGCUUGCUCGCAUUGUGGAGCUGGUCCUUGACCUUUGCGAUACUGCGUCAGAGAUCAGCAUGCCGGCGCUGAAGGAGUCCUCGCGGCCAGAGAAUGGAGAGGACUUCCGAACACUAUCUCCGCAAUCCGAGUCACGAAUCUCUCAAGUUCUGCAGUGGCAGUCACCCAGUUCCAACACGCUCGAGCAGGAACAGGGCUUAGCCGCUCUUUCAUCGGACACGGAACAAGUUGCAAGGGCAAAAGUCGACGCCGUUGUUCGUCAUCGAAAGAUUGUCGAAUACGCCGAACGUAUUCGAAUCGAAUACACCGUCCUGGUGGAAGAAUGCAUUUCAGCUGCCCUAAGCAAAGCAGAGCGUAUAGCUGCCGGCCAGCUUAGUGAUUCCUCCUGUUCCUCGGAGGAUGAAGCGGCCUCCCAGCCCACUCACAUGGGCAGCAAUUACGGCAGUACUGCCGACCUUGAGACCGGAGAGGCAGUGUCUUUGCAAUCGAACCUUAGCCAAGAAUCCCUGCCCUCCCAACCCCCACCGGCUGCACCUACACCAAGAAAACCAACAUCAGCCCUGACGAUGUCCAUGCGAAACUCCCCAGACCCGUCGCUGAUGGCGCAAGGAGAGAACAGAUCUUCAUCCACUGCGGUGUCAACGGGAUCUAACAGUCCUAUGGAAUGCCCCACCCCUAGAUCCCACAAGAGUGCAGCGGGCCUUUUGGGGACUUCGCAGCCCUCGCGGCAUCGUCUGUCUUUGGCAGAUAUCGAUGCAGGGGACAGCAGUGAUAGUAGUCUACCAUCAUCCGUGUUUCCUGGCAUGCGGACAGAGUCACCUUCGUCUGAGAGGAGUUUUGAUCGAAAGCGAAGAAGCCUGGUGCUUCCCAACCUGUCAAGUUCUCCCCGUCGGCAGCCCUCCCCUGCUCGCGGCUCAGGCCCUCAUUCUCCAUUGAGGAUGCCCAAGCCUCGUUAUUCCAAUGGACCAGAAGGUUUUCCAUCACCGGUGGUUUCCCCCUCUAUUUACGCCGGCGAGCUGGCUCAUCAUUGUCGCCAUCAUCGUCGACAGUCAUCAGCAACCUCUUCAGAUGUGACAAAGCCACCGCCAUCGCCGCGGCUCUCUUCGGUCAGCCAACAGCCGCGUCCAGCGCCGCCAUCGAUCAAGGAUUUCGAAAUCAUCAAGCCUAUUAGUAAAGGUGCCUUUGGCAGUGUGUACCUGUCCAAGAAGAAGUCGACGGGUGAAUAUUAUGCUAUCAAGGUCUUGAAGAAGGCGGACAUGAUCGCUAAAAACCAAGUCACGAAUGUGAAAGCCGAACGCGCGAUUAUGAUGUGGCAGGGCGAAAGUGAUUUUGUGGCCAAGCUGUACUGGACCUUUUCGAGCAAAGAAUAUCUCUAUCUUGUCAUGGAGUAUUUAAACGGUGGUGAUUGUGCCUCCCUCGUCAAGGUCCUCGGUGGACUUCCAGAAGAUUGGGCCAAAAAGUAUAUCGCCGAAGUGGUUCUUGGAGUCGAGCACCUACACAACAGAGGGAUUGUCCAUCGCGAUCUCAAGCCUGAUAAUCUCUUGAUUGAUCACACGGGCCAUUUGAAAUUGACUGACUUUGGUCUUUCUCGGAUGGGUCUAGUUGGACGUCAGAAGCGGGUGCUUAAGAGUCCCAAUGAGCCGGUCCCUGAUCUACUUAGACAGGGCCCUUUCCCUCGCGCUAUUUCAAUUGCCUCCUCGCGAUCGGCCUCCUUCGACUUUCAAGCGGGUUCUUCCCCUGGAUCUACUCCACUUAUCUCCCCAGAAGCAGCGUCCAAUGUCCCCCAGCCGUCAUAUUUCAGUCUUAACCAGAGCGCCCUGAGUCGGCAAAGCUCCCGACGGGCAUCUGGGUACCGCAGUGAUAGCGCGGGGAGUGAUAGUCUGAGCGGUAUGUUCAGAACGUUCUCCCUCAACGAUCCAAUCAACGAUCCCGCGGCCUCUUCCCAAAGCAUGCUCUCCGGAAGUCUGGCCGAGGAUGAUGGGCAAAGCGACCCCGGAGAGUCGCCUCAACUUUAUCCUUUGCAACCUUCGUUCAGCAACCCUGUAGCACAGAACACUCCUCCGCAGCAAAGCAUGCUUCCUCCAGUGAUGGCACUCUUCGACCCAGAAGAUCACGACCGCCGUUUCGUCGGCACCCCUGAUUAUCUGGCCCCAGAGACUAUCAAUGGCGUUGGCCAGGAUGAGAUUAGCGAUUGGUGGUCCUUGGGCUGCAUUAUGUUCGAGUUUAUUUUCGGGUAUCCCCCUUUUAACGCUGCGACACCGGAUGAAGUCUUCGAGAACAUCUUGCAGCGAAAGAUCAACUGGCCCGAUCAGCCUGAGGAGUUCACCACGCCGGAAGCCAUGGAUCUGAUGAACAAGCUCAUGACCUUGAAUCCCCGUGAGCGCAUUGGAGCUAACGUAGAGGAGAAGUUCCCCAACGGCGGUGCUGAGAUCCGUCAUCAUUCGUGGUUCUCCGAUAUCAACUGGGACACUCUGUUGGAGGAUAAAGCGGAAUUUGUGCCUAACCUCGAGAACCCAGAGGACACCGAGUACUUCGAUGCUCGAGGUGCCAGUCUCCAGGCAUUUGCCGAGGAGUUGGAAGAUGAGAAUCCGUCACAAGAGCCUGUCACGACUGGACCCUAUCCAGAUCGACCUCAUGAUGCCCUGUUCAAGGUGCGCUCGCAGGUCAACUCGAUGAAACGGCCCUUGAUGCCACUGCACAUUCCACCCCAUGUUCGUGAUGCCCGUGACUCGCGGAGCCGGAGAUUGAGCGAGCCCUCCCCGGCCGAUGACUUUGGCAGCUUCAACUUCAAGAACUUGCCGAUGCUGGAAAAGGCGAAUAAGGAUGUGAUCCAAAAGAUGCGCCAAGAGGCCAUGCAGGCGCAGCACCGGCAAUCUUCAUCUUCAGUCUCGACAGUCCAGACACCUUUGACGAAUUCUCAGCCUUCCCUGGAGGGAAGCCCGCUCCCAAUGUCUCUGCAGCGUACGCUCUCGCAGAAUAAGGCCAAUAACCGGCCGUCGUCGCCAUCUAGUCUCAGUCAGGCAAACUCGUCUCCAAGCCGCCCGUCGCAGCCUUCUUCGCCGCUUUUGGUUCAAUUCAGUACUGGCAACAACCAUGAGCGACGCAAGACAUCUGGAUCUUCGUCAAGCGCGUCGCACCAGUCCAGUGGGACUUUCCCACCGUCGUCUCUUGAACAAGGCCGCAUGCCGAACCUCCGACUUGGCUCGGUAGCGUCGUCUCCCGUCAAGGCCAAUCGAAUGCCUGCUCACUCCCCCGACAAGCAUCCGUCCAGUCAAAGACAUGGCAGUGCGCCUGCCAGCCGAGCUCGAUCGCAAACCAUUGGCUCUCAAGACGGCAUCGACCUGACCGGACUGGGCAAAGAGUCUUUCGUGCCUUCUCACCACAAGCGCCGGAGCCAACUCUUCGAUAUCUCGCCUUCCUCUUCUGACAACGAGGAUCCUCGCACGAAAGCUCUGCUUAAGGUUCAACGCCGACGACAAAGCUCGAGGCGGCUGUCCCAGUUCAACUUCCAGGAUGGGCCAUUCUUCCGCCCGCUUGAUGUCCUCAUUUGCGAGGAUCAUCCUGUCUCACGGUUAGUGAUGGAACGCCUCUUUGAGAAGCUGAGGUGUCGGACCAUUACUGUCACGAAUGGUGCCGAAGCCAUGCGCUUUGCUCUCAGUGAUGUGCAAUUCGACAUUAUCAUGACCGAAUACAAAUUGCCCCAAGUCAAUGGCGCCGACUUUUCACGCAUGGUUCGUGAAACUCGCAGUGCCAAUAGGCACACUCCAAUCAUCGCCGUCACUGGUUACCUGAAGGACCUUCCUGAGAACCACAACUUUGACGCGCUCCUGGAGAAACCUCCAACACUAUCCAAGCUUACAGAAGCGUUGUGCAAAUGGUGUUUGUGGAAGCCGCCACCCAAGGACUACAAUCCCUCCCAACCCCUGGCAGUGCCCAUACCCACUGCACGCCAGAAUUCGCAGCCGCAGCCUCAGGAUGACAGCCCCAGCUCGGCAUCGUCUGGUUUUGUCCCCAAACCGCCUAGCUCCUACCGUGGCUCUAGUCGUGAGGAUUCUGUCAGCAGUAGUGUCUUUGGUGAUAUGGAAAACAUCAAAUCGGACGAAGUUCCAGUGAUCAUCAGUCGCCACAACGAUGAUUGGGACCAUGGCCCUGGUGGUCUCGGCAUUUCCGAGGGUGCACACCCCGGUAGUCCAGACGCCAAAGCCGUGCCUAUUCCCAACCUCCUCCAUGCUAGGACUGCCCCUGCCGCAAUGGACCCAAACGGUGCGCUCACGCCUCGCAAGCAACGAUCCAGUGAAUCCAUACGUGCCAAGCGAGAGUCCAUGGAGAAGAAGAGGUACGAGUGUGCCGAGUCGGGAGACGAUGAGGACGAAGAGCUUGGCAAUUCUCAGCAAUGCAAGAGCCCACUCUCCCGUAGCCGUCGACCCGGCUCUAAGCUGGGAAUUGAGAUGAUGCGAACCAACAGUCGCGGUAGUGUAGUGAGUGGCAGCGAGGAGCUUCUUAAGAAGGAGCGGGAAGCGCUACGAAAGCAACGAGACAGCGAUGCCGACUCCGACGGCCCAUUUGGAUCACCUGGUAGCGCCAGUCUUGAAGACCGUUUUGAGGGACUUUGUAUUCCUGAGGAGUCUGAAAUCGAGGAAGCCGUUAGCCCUCGCGAUUUGCCUAUGCAGUCCUCAUUGUCACCUCAGGGCCGCCGACCUUCGCUUACGCGCCAUGACACCUCGAUCUACUCUGGGUCAACCUCCAGCCUCUUCCCCAAGAGUAGCUUCGACCGCCUGAAGCAUGGCCAGACCACACCCCCGAAGGAAGUGACCCAAGUCACGGCGCCGAACCCCAUUACACCCGAGUUCAAGAUCUCAGACAAUAUGUCGACGGCCGAUUUUGGCUCUCUGGUUGACUCCGACUCCAGUCCGACGCGAGACUCCGAGGCAACACCGCGACCUAUGCACCCCUCACCGAAUCUCGAUCCAGAGGAAACACCGCGUGCACCAGAGCGGUUCCGACCCAAUCUAUCGCUUCAACGAUGA